AUGGGUUCGACCAAGAUCAGCCUGAAGCUGCUGGUGGACACAAAGUCGAAGAAGGUGCUGUUCGCGGAGGCCGGAAAGGAGUUCGUCGACUUUGUGUUCAGCCUGCUGAAGCUGCCGGUCGGCGCCGUCGUGAAGCUCAUCACGGCGGAGACGAUGAACGGCAGCAUCGGGAGGCUGUACCAGAGCGUCGAGCACAUCAGCGCCUCCUACCUCCUCCCCAACAAGAACCGCGCCGACCUGCUCCAGCCCAAGGUGCUGCACCCGGACGCCCGCGAGCUGCUGCUGCUGCAGGGCAAGGGCCAGGGCGGGCAGGUGCCGGAGAGCGGGAGCGGCGCCGGCGCCGCCGCCGGGUCGCCGCCGGACAAGUUCAAGCUGUACACCUGCGCGGGGUACUGCGCCACGGCCGCCAUGGAGGCUAAGGCGGCGUGCCCGCAGUGCAAGCAGUCGAUGGCCACGGAGGUGGAGCUCGUGCUGCCGUCCGCCGCGCCGCCGCAGGGCCAGGCGGCGUCGUCGUCGUCGUCAGGCGACGAGGAGCGCAGCGGGUACGUGAAGGGGCUGGUGACGUACAUGGUGACGGACGGGCUGGAGGUGACGCCCAUGUCGGCCAUCUCCAGCAUCACGCUGAUCAACAAGUUCAGCGUCGGCAAGGACGUCGAGCUCGCCGAGAAGUACGCCUGCGUCGGCAUGGACGAGGGGCUGGGUCUUCUGAGGGCGGCGUUGCGCUCCGACACGGUGCUUUCCGACGUCUUCCUCGCCAAGAAAAACGUCAAGUGAAACAGCUGAUGAACACCGUUGCUCUUUUCUUCUAUCUGAGUUUCAGGAUUCAGAGUCGUUAUCUGUGUUGCACCGUGUUCCGGUCGAUUUGUUUGAUGAUGAACACCGGUAUGCAGUCUAUAUAUAAAUAUCUACUAAAUUUUGCUUAAUUGCUCAAGUACUCCUUUAUAGGUUCAUGUAUUGUUCCGGACAUUUCUAAGAUCUCCAACAUAUCUAUGCAUGACAAUGGAUCAGUCAU